AUGAUUCUGCGGCCCUCGAGAAAGCUCGCUGGGCCAAUGUAUCGUCGAAAGUCGGGCCUGAUUGCGGCUCUGCUCACCCUGUUUCUCUUCCUCCUCUUCCUGCAAACCCGAGUUCACCAUGAACCUGCUGGCCCUCCUCCACCUGCCCGCCCCGAGUCUGCCCCCGAAUCUGUGCCUCAACCAGAGUCCGAGCCGAAACCACCAGCCAAGAUUAAGAAUCCCCUCCUCGACAGCCAGGCUGCGUUCUGGCGAAGUCUGUAUCUGAUCAUCCUGAACAAUGAUCCCAAUUGCAGGAAUGCCCCCGACCUUGUUGUGCCACAGAAGCUCGAUAUUGGCUUCGAUCCCACCCACGAUCAUCCUCGACCUGACAUCUUGUACAUGGACACCGCCGACGUCAAGCGCAUGCGUGAGGCCCAUUCAAACUUUGUCAAUGACUUGAAAAGCGAUCCUCCCAAAAUACCAUAUGAACCGGGCACUCGUGGCAUUGUCAUGACUGGAGGCUUCAGCCAACUUCCCGUCCUGGUCAUCUCAAUCCGCAUGUUAAGAAGAGCCAAAUCUGAGUUACCGGUCGAGGUGUUUGUUGCCGAUCUGUCUGAAUGGGAUGAGCAUGUCUGUAAUGUUGUCCUACCGGCCCUCAACGCCAAAUGUCUUCUAUUUUCCGACAUCUUUCAUGCCGCCAAUGCGGGUGUCUCGAUCGGUCGAUUUCAGUACAAAGUCUUGGCCAUCAUAUUUUCCUCAUUUGAAGACGUCCUGUUACUUGAUUCUGAUGCCUUUCCAGUCCAAGAUCCUCUUCCGUUGUUCCAAGAAGAGCCCUUCAAGAGCAACGGAUUGGUCGUCUGGCCGGAUUUCUGGUACGCCUCCGAAUCUCCCUACUAUUUCGAAAUCGCCAAAAUCGAGAGGAUACCGCCUUUGAACGAGCGGGCUGCCGUUGAAUCGGGUGAAGUCAUGUACUCUAAAGCCAAACAUCAUUUGUCGCUCCUCCUCGCCGCGUAUUACAACUACUACGGGCCUACCUAUUACUAUCCCUUGUUCUCCCAAGGUGCACCUGGCCAAGGCGACAAGGAGACAUUUGCUUGGGCUGCCACUGCCCUUAAAGAGCCUUUCUACACGGUCCACCAGCGGGUCAUGGCUAUUGGCCGACAUGACUCUUCUGGUAACUACCUUGGUAGUGCUAUGGCUCAGCACGACCCUGUAGCUGAUUAUACAUUUACGAAUGCAUAUGGUCCUCCCCACGAGCGAGUUCAAGACAUCGAUACCGGCAAAGACAACCACUUCGAUAUCCAAGCCAGCGACGUCAAACCCUUUUUCAUCCAUGCCAACUUCCCCAAAUUUGAUCCGGCCACCAUAUUCGACUUUCGAACGACGGACUUUUCAGGCGAGGUGUCCGGCGAUGGGGGCCCGACUCGAGACACAAACGGCACAAACGUCCGUUGCUGGAUGGAUGAAGCUCGUGCCAUUGAAUUGUUCGGGUUCGACGUGGAGCGCAGAUUCUGGGAAGAAAUCAAAGACACUGCUUGCGAGUAUGAGCACCUGUUUGCCACAUGGAAGGGCAAGAGAGGAAUUUGCGAGAGGACCCAGAAGUACUGGAACGACGUGUUCGGUUCAGAUGCUUCGCUCGAGGAUCGGCAGGAUAUGGGAACUUCAGUUGAAAUGCCCGCGCCGCCUUGA